AUGUUCUCCCGGAACGUUGGAUUGCAGGUCCUUCGAAGCUGCGCUCGCACGAGAAGAGCUUGCGUUCAUCGCGCCCCUGCAACCAAAUUCGUCUCCAGACGCUUUUCCUCGUCUUCAUCAUCGGCAUUCAGCAAUGGCGCUGCUCCGACGACGCACCCUCUUGCCGGGGUUGCUACACAGCUCGAUCAUGUGGCACCCAGAUUCGAGAUAGAUCCGGACAACAUUCAAAUCCUCGAUUCUCCAGUCGCUUUCUACGAUACCCUGAAGGCCAAAAUAAAAGGAGCAAAAAGACGGAUAUACCUGUCUACAUUAUACAUUGGCAAAACCGAGCAUGAGCUCAUCGAGACUCUCAGGGAAGCACUGGAGAAGAACCCGAACCUCGAGGUGUCAAUCCUCACCGAUGCGCUCCGAGGCACUCGUGAGGAUCCUGAUCCGUCAUGUGCCACCCUCGUCGCCUCGUUAAUCGUCCAAUUCGGCGAUCGGGUCAGAAUCUCCAUGUUCCACACCCCAAAUUUGAACGGAUGGAAGAAAAAGUACAUGCCCAAACGGAUAAACGAAGGAUGGGGCUUGCAACACAUGAAGCUCUAUGGCUUUGAUGACGAGGUAAUGCUCUCGGGCGCCAAUUUGUCCAAUGACUACUUCACCAACCGUCUUGACCGUUACCACAUUUUCUCUUCUAAAGAGCUCACUGAUUUCUACGGGGCCGUUCACGAAGCAGUCUGCGACCUGUCUUACCAACUCAUCCCCUCCGAGGAGCGUCUCGGCGGCUUCGAGUUACUUAGCCCUCAUGAGCGAGGAUACCCAGACCCGUUAUGGCACACGAAAAGAUUCAAGGCGUACGCUAAAGAAAUCUUGGAACCAUUAAUCCAUAAGAAAGCUAGACAAAAGAUGUUUCCAGUCGAAUUCACGCACCAAAAGACCUUCGUCUAUCCGCUGGCCCAAUUCGACGUCCUCCUGGGUGCGCCAAAGAAUAUGGCCGUACUCGACUAUGAGUUUGCACAAUACACUUCGACUGAGAAGCCUGCAAUUACUAAAUUGCUGACAACCCUCGCCAAAGACGAACGACUGCACAAAUCAACGUGGAUAUUCACUGCGGGAUACUUCAAUAUCGACCCAGACAUCUGCAAACUCCUCAUAGCAGCCGCCCCCGAAGGCGCGCCGGUACUAACACCAGGCACAAAAGCUUUCGAAAAGGCGUGCACCGUGAUUACGGCAUCGCCGUGGGCCAAUGGAUUUUACGGCAGCCGUGGCGUGAGCGGUAUGCUGCCAGCAGCGUAUACCCUCCUAUCCCGACGUUUCCUACGUACCGUGUACAACGCUGGGAAAGAAGACGUGAUUCAACUGAAGGAGUGGAGAAAAGGCACAGUCGGUGAGCCCGGCGGAAUGACAUACCACGCCAAGGGCCUGUGGGUGACUCUUCCACCUCAGUUAGAUGCCGAAGGGCAAGCCGUCCAAGAACCCGGUCCGAGCAUCACGGUAGUGGGGAGCAGCAACUACACGAAAAGAAGUUACAGUCUCGACCUAGAGAUUGGAGCAAUGAUCAUCACAAGCGACGAAGGACUCAAGACAAGGCUGAAAGAAGAGACGGAGAAUUUGCAGAAGGAUGCAACGGUUGCGACGCAGGAUGACCUCGCGAGGAUUGAUCGAAGGGUAGGUCUGAAAGUACGGCUAGCCCUUUGGCUUGUUGAGGCCUUGGGAGGGGCGCUGUGA